GUAGCUAAAGAGGGGGAGAGAAAGAGAGAGAUUCAAUGCAUUUUGCCCAGUACACAUGCAAGGCUUCCAAUAAGAUCCAGCAGGACAAGGCGAGAGGAGAUGAAGAAGGGAUAGCAUGGUCCAUUCGGGUCGGAUGGAACAAAAUAAGGGCGAUGUGGCUUUAGGGAACCUGGCAGGGAUUUCACACAAGACCGCUGUUGAGUAGGGAAAGAGCGGCCGACAUCUAGUUGAUGCAUGCGGGGUCAGUGAUGCAUCAAGACGAGUGUGGUGGAUUCCAGCAACCCGCCGCUGCAGAGAGCGAAGCCCGUUCCCGCUAGCUUACCGCCGGCCGAGAUGGCGCAUGGAUAGCGGUUCCCUUCGUGCUGCAAAACACGACCAAGGAUUUAUAACAAAACCGGCAGUUUUGGAGCUAAACAAAGGCAUUCGAUGCUUGCACUCGCGGAAAUAAUAAAAACGCGCAUUUCCAUUGAAACUCCGAGCCUUUUGGAUGAGAAAGGAUGCCGUCUACACUCCCGAAAUAGAUCAUUUCACACAUAGCUAACGGAGAGGGCCAGCUUGCGUUUUUUUCACCAUACUAGAUUUGUCUGAAUAGGCCGGUUGUGAUUCGUGAACCACAAGCUGUAACGAUGUUGAUGAGAUGCCACCGGAGCAAGCUGUCGGUGUGGGCUGUUCUGUGUGUGCUCGUGCUGUGCUGGCUCUACAUUUUCCCAGUGUACAGACUCCGGAGCGACAAGGAGAUAGUUGAUGAAGUGCUGCGGCUUGGACAAGUAUGGCAGAGGAACCAGACGGACAUCGAUCUGUUCAGGAAGCUGCUUUCAGAAUGCUGUGACCCGAGGAGGAUGUUUGCGGUGACCAAGGAGAAUUCACCUAUGGGGAAGGUCCUGUGGUACGACGGAGAGUUCUACCACUCACACACGGUCAACAAUGAGACCUACUCUCUCUUUGUGCAGAAGACACCUCUUCAGCUUCCCCUCAAGAAGUGUUCGGUGGUGGGCAACGGAGGUGUCCUGAAGCACAGUGGCUGUGGGAAGGACAUUGACCAGGCUGACUUUAUCAUGCGGUGCAACCUUCCACCACUGUCUAGGGAGUAUGUUGAGGAUGUGGGGACCAGAACUCACCUGGUGACAGCCAACCCCAGCAUCAUUGAGAAGAGGUUCCAGAACCUUCUUUGGUCGCGGAAAGGCUUUGUGGAGAGCAUGAAGGCCUAUGGCUCCAGCUACAUCUACAUGCCAGCCUUCUCCAUGAAGCCGGGCACCGACCCCUCCCUGCGGGCAUACUAUGCCCUGGCCGACACCUCGUCCAACCUCACUAUGCUGUUUGCGAACCCCGAGUUUCUCAGGACCGUGGGCAAGUUCUGGAAGGGUCGCGGAGUGCACGCCAAGCGCCUGUCCACAGGCCUCUUCCUGGUCAGCCUGGCACUGGGGCUGUGUGAGGAGGUGACGGCCUACGGCUUCUGGCCGUUCAGCGUGGGGCUCGACGAGCAGCCCGUCAGCCACCACUACUACGAUAACGUGCUGCCGUUCAGUGGGUUCCACGCCAUGCCUGAGGAGUUUGUCCAGCUCUGGCAGCUGCACAAGAGCGGCACACUGCGUUUGAGGGUGGGACACUGCCCCCCUCGGGAAGUGGGCAUAUAAGACUCAAAGGACCAAGGGCCCCUUCCCUAAGCAACCCCCACCCUCACCUAAUAAACCUUCCCCUACCUCCGCUUACAACCCUCCAGCCCCCGGCGAUCGUCCAUGGCAAACCAUCCGCAAACCCACCACCUCUUUUUUAUCCAUUAGCAUGAGAAUGUAACCCAUGGUUACCCACCCAGCCCAGGAAGCCCCCACGCACCCCCAUCCUCUCUCUCUCUCCUGUCCUUCAUCCACUCUCACUAUGUGUGUGUGUGUGUGUGUGUGUGUGUGUGUGU